ACACCGGGGGCCGCUGCACAGAAAAGUCACACAGACUCGCCAACAGGCAAAAGUAGUCGAUCACCGAGAGUCGCCCGGGGCAGCGACCCGACACUUAGCUACACGAACCAACCGGAAGGCUCGCUGGCGGCUCACAAGUCGCACAACUAACUAGUUUGCUUGGGCCACUCUGACGUUCGCAUCUCAUGGCUGAGCGCGAGGACCUCUUCCUCAGAGCGAAACAUCGGACUUUCAGCGGACUGACCGAAGAUGCCGAGCGUGAGUGGACGGGACCGUUUUGCUUCAUCCAGGCCGCGGACCCCCAGCUAGGGCUGAUGAAGGCCUGGAGGGACGGCGACUGCGAAGGUGGAGGAGACGAAUGGGCCGAGGAGAUCGAGCUCACCAAGCAGGCCGUGGAGGCCGUCAACCAGCUCAGACCCAGGCCGAGGUUCAUCGUGCUCUGUGGCGACCUGGUCCAUGCCAUGCCAGACACCCCAUUCAGAGAAGGUCAGGAGCGAGACCUGAAGGCAGCCUUGAAGGGGACAGAUCCCUCUAUCCCACUGGUGUUUGUCAGUGGGAACCACGACCUGGGCAACACCCCCACCCCCAGGACAAUGGAGCAGUAUUGUAGUGCUUGGGGGAACGACUAUUUCAGCUUCUGGGUGGGUGGAGUCCUCUGCCUGGUGCUGAACUCCCAGUUGUUCUAUGACGCCUCGGCUUGCCCUCAGCUGAUGGAGGCCCAGGAGACGUGGCUGGAGGAGCAGCUGAGCAGAGCCUCCUCCUCAACGGAACCCAGACCCAAACACGUCCUGGUGUUCCAGCACAUUCCUCUGUACCUAAAGAGCCCAGAUGAGGAGGACGACUACUUCAACCUGCAAAGGGUAGUCCGACAAAACCUGCUGGACAGGUUCAAGAAGGCAGGGGUGAAAGCGGUGUUCUCCGGCCAUUAUCACCGGAACGCCGGCGGUUGCCACGACGGCCUGGACAUGGUCGUAAGCUCGGCCAUCGGGUGCCAGCUCGGCGAGGACACCCACGGCCUCAGGGUGGUGGUAGUGACCGCCGACAGCAUCAUCCACCGCUACCACAGCCUCGAGCAGUUGAGUGCGGAAGGCAUGGACGAGGACCUGAGGAAGCUCCUGGAGGUCUGAAGGCCGAAGGAGGGAAAAUGUUGUUUUUCUUUGUGUGAUUUGUUUCUUUGUUUUUUUUGAUUGCCCGUUCUUAGAGGCACACAGGAAGGUAUUUGUAGACUAUAGCAGUGGUCAUGUCCGCAGGUAGGGUUGAGUUAUUAAAACCAUUCCUUCAUUCCUAGCUAUAUGAUCAACCAGUCUCAUCAAUAGUGUUGAAGUUGACCAAUGGGAAAUGUAGAAAAUUACUAAGCUAUAUCAAUGACUAUAUGCUGCAGGUUCAUAUCUAACAGUGUGAGUAUUAAAGAGUAUUAAAGGGUGGAGUUUCUCUUUUUAAUGAUCCUAAUAUAUCCAGCUGUCGUAGCCACUCCUACUGUUUGUUUGCUGUUUGCGGUUCAAUGCCUCCUUGGCUGUCCUAUGCAAUAUAUAUGUGUGUGUAAACAUAUUAAUGUGGUACGGUGUUUAACAUGUGCAGCUGACCUCUGAUCAGACUGAGCUGUCUGUUUAGAGCCUCUUACACUGCCUUUGCAGGUAAUGGGUAGUAACUGAAUUAUUUUGUUUUUUGUUUUUUAAUAGAUGUUGGUUUCAGAGGUUAUUCUUAAUCUAUAUCAAUUAUAACAUAAAUUAAUGUGAUUUUAAAGUUGUGAUGCUUAAAACUUUAGUCCUGCCUUUCCUGACUAUUUUAAAAUACAAUCCGCCCCAUCUUUUGCCACAUUACAAAUGCAAAGUGAGGGCAGUAAACAGCGGGGCGGACAUCAAUCAGAUAAAACAGUGAGGCUGAAUUACAUAACUAGAUUUCAUGUGAAUCCCCUGUGCGAUUGAAGGGAAAUCAAAGCCAGCGCUUGUUAGAAGCGAACGCCGCCACUAACAAGGCACAUUAUUAUAUAAAGAGAAGGAAAAAAAUGGGCCAAUUAAUAAUAAUAAUAAUAAUAAAAGAAUGGAGUUGUAUGUACAGAGAAUCUCUCUCUUGAAUGUCUGAUCCUUUGUUGGACAGCAGACUAUAGGUGUGCCCAAACCCAUAACCAUGAUGUACCUCACCACUUUAAGAGCUGCUGUGAUUGGGUCGUUAAAUGGCGAGCUGAAGGACUGGAGUCAGGCGGAUGCUACGUAGCGAUAAUGGGAGGAGAAGCACAGUACUUCCUGUCUGCGGGGUCACAGCUGAGACGACCUCGCCGUGUUGAGGCCUACGAGCCGCAGGAUUAUUCAGACGCUCACCGGUUUUUUAAAUUGUCUUUAAAAUGGAAAUUUCUGCAACCAAAUGACUUUGCCUGUGAGCCCUAAAUUACUCUACUCAAUUACACUACUACACACUACACACACUCGCUCUGACCGACGCAGAAUUUAAAAGAGUUGUCAUGGCAACCCUUGAGCAACACAUCUGUGUGUGUGUGUGUGUGUGUGUGUGUGAGUGUGUGACUGCAGGAGAGAAAGAGGACGUACUCCCCGGCUGUGUGUGCAUGCCGUCCGUGGUCUGGAGGUCAACUGUUGGUGAUUUACGCCAUCGCUGACCUCAUUUCACACCGACGGAUUCUGUCUCUCCUCCAAAAAGUCAGCAUGCGCAGGAGGAGGGAUGGAGGGCGUCUGAGAGGAAUGGAUAAUGAGUGUGAUGUGUGAAAGACGACUCAGUCCAUCUCCUUCAUUUCCUGUCUGAGAAGGAGCCUUAUGUCCUUUAUCUAUUUUUAUAUCCUCAUGGUAGCCGAGCUCAAUCACAUUGUUCUUUAUCUUUUCUUUUUUGUGUGCGUGAAUUCUGUUUUGAGCACAUUUGCUCUAUGAAUCGGGGAACAUCGCACGCUUUGACUUGUUCCCUUUGUUGAAUUCUAAUGAAUGACCCUGACUGUGACAUUAUUGGUGGUAUUUUUAUAUAAUAAAUAAAUGAUUUUAUCUAAUGA